AUGGACAGUGUGCGAUGCAAGCCAAUACCCAAGAAGAAGUCAAUUUUAUGGGUAAUCAGGGUCGCCAAGGUUGGCCAAUUGGCUAAGAAGUUGGAGGAGAAACCUGAGAAGAAUUUUGGGGCUAAUAUUGAUGGUAACCCUAAAGAGGAAUGUAAUGUCUUUAUGACUAGAAGUGGUAAGAUGAAGGAAAAAGAGAAGCAAUUUGGACAGUUCAUGGAGAUCUUCAAGCAAUUGGAGAUUACUGUACCCUUGACCGAAACACUACAGCAAAUUCCUGCUUAUGCAAAACACUUGAAGCAAUUCCUCAGUAAGAAGAAGAAAUAUUUAGAUGAGGAAACAAUUGAAGUGCAGGGUAAUUGCAGUGCCAUUAUGCAGAAGAAUCUCCCUCCAAAAUUCAAAGAUCUUGGAAGUUUCAAUAUCCCUUGCAUCAUUGGGAAUCAUGACAUAGGAAAGACUCUAGUUGAUUUAGGGGUUAGCAUCAAUCUGAUGCCCCUAUCUAUGCUCAAAAAGAUUGGUGGUCUAAAGGUCAAACCUACAAGAAUGAUCUUGUAA